UACAUGUAGAACCUCCGUUGAGAGUAAUCCCUGGAGACUUGUCAAAACCAUUUCCAGAUUGUUGUUAUGAAAUAGUUGGCCCUGCUAAUCACACCGAAGUAAAUCCAGAAGACUGCGAUCCUGACAUUCGCAAUUCCAUUUUUGCAACUAUAGACCUGCCAAGUACACAAUCGAUUGCAAAAUGAACUACUUAUAACGGAAUAUGCAUUAAAUAAUCAUGCGCUGAAUGAAAUUAACUGCUAAAAUUAAAACUGUUACCAAAAGAGUCGAAGCACAAGAAUGAAAAAAAUAUGGAAGAUCCUGCUUAUGAUAACAAAAUUUUUCUAAUUCAAUCUCAUCUUGGAGACUGUUAUACAACGAGUCAUAAUCUUGGAGCUUUCACAGCAGGCGAGGAGAAAAGAAUUGAAGGAAGAUGUGCUGUGGCAGUAUGUAGUGCUAGUGGGGAUAUUAGCCUAAGAGGUUGUGGAGUUAGAAGAGCAGCCUAUCCUAUAAGAGUACUACCUGGAGAUUUAUCCAAACCGUAUCCAAGAUGUUGUCACAGGAUAGUGGGACCUAACAAUGACACCGACAGUGACAACGAACGACCUCGGAAUACCGGAAAUGUAGUCCUGGCGGGUGCUUUUUUGAAUCCUAUGCUCUCAAGAUAACAUUUCCGAAGUUGAUGUAAAAAACAAAUCUGGUUCUAGAGAUACUAAGCGUUUUAUAGAAGCUGUUGUUAACGACUAAGUCCUAUUUUUAUGGCUGUGCUUUAUAACUAGUAAUUGUAAGUAAUUUAACUCUAAAAUGUACUAUUUAUUUAUAAAAGUUGUACUUAAAAAAGUCAAAUAAGUAUUGAAGAAAUAAAAUUAAAA